UCUGCCGGCCCGUCUGCGGUCACGGACGGAAGCGGCGGACGGCAACUUCUCCAGCUCUGCUCUGGCCGCAGCUCCCUGUCCGGGCCCACAGCCAUGGCCACAGCAAUGGCCCAGAAGCUCAGUCAUCUCCUGCCUAGCUUGAGACACAUCUGCCAGGAGUCUCAGCCAUCUAUGCAGCCAGGGCCUGUCUUCACGGUGGACCGGGCCGAGGUGCCACCCCUCUUCUGGAAGCCAUACAUCUAUGUGGGCUACCGGCCACUGCACCAGACCUGGCGCUUCUACUUCCGCACACUGUUCCUGCAGCACAAUGAGGUGGUGAACGUGUGGACCCACCUGCUGGCGGCCCUGGUGCUCCUGCUGCGGCUGGCCAUCUUUGUGGGUACCGUGGACUUCUGGGGGGACCCACAUGCCCUGCCCCUCUUCAUCAUCGCCUUUGCCUCCUUCACCUACCUCUCCCUCAGUGCCUUGGCUCACCUCCUGCAGGCCAAGUCUGAGUUCUGGCAUUACAGCUUCUUCUUCCUGGACUACGUGGGUGUGGCCGUGUACCAGUUUGGCAGUGCCUUGGCUCACUUCUACUACGCCAUUGAGCCCGCCUGGCAUGCCCAGGUGCAGGGCAUUUUCCUGCCUAUGGCUGCCUUUCUUGCCUGGCUUUCCUGCACUGGUUCCUGCUACAACAAAUACAGCCAGAAGCCAGGCCUGCUGGGUCGCACUUGCCAGGAGGUGCCCUCGGCGCUGGCUUAUGCGCUAGACAUCAGCCCUGUGGUGCACCGCAUCUUGGUGUCCCCUGAUCCUAGCUUGGACGACCCUGCUCUUCUCUACCACAAGUGCCAGGUGAUCUUUUUCCUGCUGGCUGCUGCUUUCUUCUCGGCCUGUAUGCCUGAACGCUGGUUCCCUGGCAGCUGCCACAUCUUUGGGCAGGGCCACCAACUCUUCCAUGUUUUCUUGGUCAUGUGUACGCUGGCUCAGCUGGAGGCCGUGGCACUGGACUAUGAGGCCCGGCGGCCCAUCUAUGAGCCCCUGCACACCCGCUGGCCCCACAACUUCUUUGCCCUCUUCCUGCUUACUGUGGGCAGCAGUGUCCUCACCGCGCUCUUCCUAAGCCAGCUGGUGCGACGCAAACUUGAGAAGAAGGCCAAGUGAAGGUGGUGGCAGCUGCUGGGGAGGGAGGUGUAGGGGCUCAAGGGUCCAGGCUUGGCUCCAGGUGGGAACAAGGCCUGGUAAAGCCUUUUGUGUCUGGCCCGCGGUAACUCUCUGUGUACACCUCAGCUGCCAAGGGCAGCACUGGCUAGUCCUUGGAUUUGGGGGUCGGCUGGGAGCUGCUGGGGUCCUCUCCUGGGUGUGCCCCAGCUCUCUGCCCUGGGAGAGGGAAAGAGAUAAAGGUGUGGGGUACCCUGGCUAGUCCCUCCUUUGCUUCUCAUUAGGGGUGGAGCUAGGGGCCAGCUUGGGCCAGGACCCUGGUUUGGAGUCCUCCCAGAUUAUUGGGGAGAAGGUGGAAUUUAGGCUAGAAUCGAUUUGAUCUGAGAGAUAGGGGAGGCCUCAGCACCCCACUCUACCCAGAUUUCAUUGGUAGAUGGGGAAAGUGUAGGCUUAAAAUGUGUACAGGAUGUUACUAUCCCUUGAACCCUAGGCUAGGGUGUUGGAGCUCCAGAGAGCCCCCAGAGGUAGAAGAUUGUGCCAGACCUACAUGGAGCCUAUCCAGUGCUGCUACACCCCUUCAGUCACCAUCUCAGAUGGUGAGCCCCAACUCUCCUAGCUCCGGCCUCCAUGUCCACAAACCCUGCUCCCAGCUUCUCGCCUGGCUCCUUCAUUCACGAUUCAGUGAUCCAUUCAGCGACAGGCCACAGGCUGGGGAUCAGUGCCAGAUGAUCGAGGCUUUAAUCAGUGUUGCCCUGACCUCAGGGUCCUGGGCCGGAAAGGGUGAGUAGGAGUUUGCAGGUGGAGAAGAGGAAAGGCAUUCCAGGCAGAGGAAAAAAUCUGUGCAAGGCCCAGAGGUGGGGAAGGAGUUCUGUGGGGCUGAGGCUAUGGAUGAGCUGGACUCUAAUGUGUCCUGGAUGCAAUAAAGUGACUGUGAUAGCAACUGCCUCUCUCUGCUUUUUCUCUCCUGUCCCAGGGAGGGUGCCCUGGGUCCCCUGUGGGCUCCGGUAAGUGUUGGAGGAGGUUUUCCAGAGGAAAAUGGGGCCCCUGGGGGUGGGGGCAGGGUGGGAAGGCAGUUCCUGUUUAUCCUUGCCUAGGGGUUUUUUCUUUUUUUAGGGGUGGGCAGUAGUUAAGAGUUGGCUGCUAACCAAGAGAUCAUCAGUUUGAAUCCAACAGACACUCCUUGGAAAUCCUGUGGGGAAGUUCUACCCAGUCCUAUAGGAUCGCU